CCAGGAAGGGCGCGUGCCCAUCACAAUCAUGGCGCCAUAGGGGCCCUCAGCGAAAGCACGCCCACCCCCUCGUAAUCAUGGCGCCGCGGACAGCGCUCCGGAAGUAUGUUCGCCCCUCACAAUCAUGGCAUCGCAGUGCAGCGGCAGUGUGUCUGCCCAUUGCAACAACGGUGCCGGCAAACGGCAUAAGCAUCGGUCUUUCGACACUGGUGCCCGCCCCCACAACUAAGUGCUGGCUGACGGCGUAAUCUGGGCACUGAGGGCGGACGUUUGUUCUCACAAUCAUGGUGGCACAAUUACGGCCUCUAGGAUAGUGCCCCGGAAGUUUACCUGCCCUUCACAAUCAUGGCAUCUGGGGAGGCGCUCUAGAAGUGCACUCCCGGGGGAGGAACUACAAGGCAGAGUUUGCGUCCUGCCGGCUGGAGGCUGUGCCACUGGAGUUUGGGGACUAUCACCCGCUGAAGCCCAUAACCUGCUCAGCAGGAUGUGGCAUUCGAAGUUCUUCGAAAAGGAAGGAGAUCGUGUUAAGUCGCAGCUUCCGACGCAGUAGAUCCAAGGUGGAGCUCCAGAGUCCGUGUUUUUUGACGAGCUCCAUGUGAUGUGGCUGCUGCUUGUCUGGGGACCUGCUUUGUGUCACAGAGUCCAAGACCAAGAAAGUGAGCCGGAAAGGCAGCACUUCCUCCACGUCCUCCUCGUCUUCCAGCUCCGUGGUGGACCCACUGAGCAGCGUGCUGGAUGGGACAGACCCCCUCUCCAUGUUCGCGGCCACGGCUGACCCUGCAGCCCCGGACAGCUCUAGAAAGAGACGAGACCGAGAUGAGAACUCCAUCGUAGGAUCAGACUUUGAGCCCUGGGCCAGCAAACGAGGAGAAAUCCUUGCCCGGUACACGACCACAGAGAAGCUGUCUAUCAAUCUGUUUAUGGGAUCUGAAAAAGGCAAAGCGACCGCCACGUCCGCCAUGUCAGAGAAGGUUCGGACCAGGCUGGAGGAGCUGGAUGACUUUGAGGAGGGAUCCCAGAAGGAACUGUUGAACUUGACUCAACAGGAUUAUGUGAACCGCAUUGAAGAGCUCAACCAGUCUCUGAAGGAUGCAUGGGCCUCGGACCAGAAAGUGAAGGCUCUAAAAAUAGUCAUCCAGUGUUCAAAGCUGCUUUCGGACACAAGCGUUAUUCAGUUCUACCCAAGCAAAUUUGUCCUUAUCACCGACAUACUUGACACAUUUGGAAAGCUCGUGUACGAGCGCAUCUUCUCCAUGUGUGUGGAUAACCGCAGCGUCUUACCAGAUCACUUCUCUCCAGAGAAUGUCAAUGACACGGCCAAAGAAACAUGCUUAAAUUGGUUUUUCAAGAUUGCUUCCAUCAGGGAACUCAUUCCGAGAUUUUAUGUGGAAGCAUCCAUCCUGAAAUGUAACAAGUUCCUCUCCAAAACGGGGAUUUCAGAAUGUCUGCCCCGACUGACGUGUAUGAUUCGAGGGAUUGGAGACCCGCUGGUGUCUGUGUACGCGAGGGCCUAUCUGUGCCGGGUGGGGAUGGAGGUGGCUCCACAUCUGAAAGAAAGCCUGAAUAAGAACUUCUUUGACUUCCUCCUCACAUUCAAACAGAUUCAUGGCGAUACAGUCCAGAACCAGCUGGUGGUCCAGGGAGUGGAGCUCCCAUCCUACCUGCCCUUGUACUCACCUGCCAUGGAUUGGAUCUUCCAGUGCAUCUCCUACCAUGCCCCCGAGGCCCUGCUAACUGAGAUGAUGGAGAGAUGCAAGAAACUAGGAAACAACGCCUUGCUGUUGAAUUCCGUGAUGUCCGCUUUCCGGGCCGAGUUCAUCGCCACGAGGUCCAUGGAUUUCAUUGGCAUGAUUAAAGAGUGUGAUGAGUCGGGUUUCCCCAAGCAUCUUCUUUUUCGCUCACUGGGGUUAAACUUAGCCUUGGCUGACCCUCCUGAGGGUGAUCGACUCCAGAUUCUCAAUGAAGCUUGGAAAGUUAUCACUAAGUUGAAGAAUCCACAGGACUACGUUAACUGUGCCGAGGUAUGGGUGGAGUACACCUGCAAGCAUUUCACGAAACGAGAGGUGAAUACCGUUUUGGCUGAUGUCAUCAAGCACAUGACUCCAGAUCGUGCAUUUGAAGACUCCUACCCUCAGCUUCAGUCGAUAAUUAAGAAAGUGAUCGCCCACUUCCAUGAUUUCUCCGUUCUCUUCUCAGUGGAAAAAUUUUUGCCAUUUCUGGACAUGUUCCAAAAAGAGAGUGUGCGGGUGGAGGUUUGCAAAUGCAUCAUGGAAGUUUUUAUCAAGCAUCAGCAGGAGCCCACAAAGGACCCCGUCAUUCUGAACGCCCUUUUGCACGUUUGCAAGACCAUGCAUGACUCUGUGAAUGCACUCACUCUUGAGGAUGAGAAAAGAAUGCUGGCAUAUUUGAUUAAUGGAUUUAUAAAAAUGGUGUCCUUUGGCCGUGAUUUUGAACAGCAACUAAGUUUUUACGUUGAGGCUAGGUCAAUGUUUUGCAACCUGGAACCUGUUCUUGUGCAGUUGAUUCACAGUGUAAACCGGUUGGCAAUGGAAACAAGAAAAGUAAUGAAAGGAAAUCAUUCCAGAAAGACGGCUGCAUUUGUGCGGGCCUGUGUUGCCUACUGCUUCAUUACCAUUCCCUCCCUGGUGGGCAUCUUCACGCGCCUCAACCUCUACCUGCAUUCUGGUCAGGUUGCCUUGGCCAACCAGUGCCUUUCCCAAGCCGAUGCCUUCUUCAAAGCCGCUAUAAGCCUCAUUCCGGAAGUUCCAAAGACGAUUAAUAUCGAUGGAAAGAUGCGACCGUCAGAAUCAUUCCUUCUGGAAUUCCUCUGCAAUUUCUUUUCUACUUUAUUAAUAGUUCCGGAUCACCCAGAACAUGGGGUCCUGUUCCUUGUCCGAGAGCUUCUCAACGUGAUCCAGGACUACACCUGGGAGGACAACAGUGACGACAAAAUCCGCAUCUACACCUGUGUCCUGCACCUCCUAUCCGCCAUGAGCCAGGAGACCUAUCUCUACCACAUAGACAAAGUUGACUCCAACGACAGCCUCUAUGGGGGAGACACCAAAUUUCUGGCUGAAAACAACAAGCUGUGUGAAACGGUGAUGGCUCAGAUCCUGGAGCAUCUGAAAACCUUGGCCAAGGAUGAGGCCCUGAAGCGCCAGAGCUCGUUGGGCCUUUCCUUCUUUAAUAGCAUCUUGGCCCACGGGGACCUGCGCAACAACAGACUCAACCAACUCUCUGUCAACCUGUGGCACCUGGCACAGAGGCACGGCUGUGCAGACACCAGGACCAUGGUGAAAACUCUGGAAUACAUCAAGAAACGAAGCAAACACCCAGAUAUGGGUCAUCUGACUGAGCUGGCCCUCAGGCUCCCUCUGCAAACAAGGACCUAACUCUGGGACUGUGAAGCCAAGUUCAGAAAGACCUGCUUUGCUUUUUUUAUUUUUACGCACACAAAUUGGUUUAAGCUUUGGCCUCUACCCAGAUGAUUGUGACAUUGAAGAAGUGGGAAGUGUCAGAGCAAAAUCCAAUCUUGUUCAGAGUAGAGCACUGUUCUAGUGUUUCUUUGCAGAAGUGGCCUUCAGAUUGGCAUUUAUGGAGAAACAGAAGAAUCCAAGUAACAUCUCUCAGUGUGUCUGGGUUUUUUUUGUUUUUGUUUUUUUCAAAUAGAAGAAACCUUGAAAAGGAGUCUACUUUUAAAGAGCCACUUUCCCUCAAGUCUGGAAUUGAAUGUUGCCUACCCUGUCACAAUUUAUGAAAAGUAGAUGGCUCAACCUUUAUCUACCACAAGCAGCUCAACUGGACUCAGAAUAUAUAGGUAUACACCUAGCUGUAGCCAACACCACAGAUGCAGGUGUGGUGGCACAGGCACACAGCGGGACCGCACAGGUGAGGAGGAAGCACGUGGUGUGCGCGGGGAACCUCAGUGCAUCCACUGGGACUCCCAGGAAGAUGGCAGAGUAAGGAGGUUCUGAGCUCAGCUGCUCGCAAAAACACACCAAUGGUGUAGCUAUACGAAGUGCAACUCCCUCUGAGAACGACCCAAAGACUAGCCGCACAGCUCUUACACAGCCAAAGGUACAAAGAAAAAACUGCACUGAGAAGGACAGGAGGCAGAGAUGCGGCCAGGAGGCAAAUCCCUGGUGCAGUGACCCGGAAGAGGGAGAGAUAUCACCCAUAAGCGUGGAGGGUCAGUCCCCACCCUGAGUACCCCCUACCUUGGCGUAUGCACCGGGAAGAUGCGCUCCCAUGAUGUCUAGCUGUGAAAAUCUGUGGAGCUUCACUCCAGAAGGUUAUAUAGGAAACCGAGGCUCUACUCUCAAAAGAGUAGAGGCAGCAGAUUGAAAAGUGCCUAGGUUAUUUACUCAGUUUAGGGCAUGUGCUGGAGGGGCAACAAUCUGUAAGAGUUUUUUCUGGGAAUGGAAGACUCCCAUCUUUUAGCCUACUUGGACCGAGGCUGGUGGGUGCCAGAUGUGACACUUUUCAUCUACUUUGCUGGCACCACCAGCAUGGCCUAGACAUUACCCUUUGGACCCACCUUCCCAACGGGCACAACCCCCGUACCACGGCACAGGGUGGAGCCACGCCCACCACAGUAUUCACUGCAGCUGUGGCCAAACCUCACAGCCAGUCUCACCGGAGGCUAGCCCCACUCCCCAGCAUACACAGCCCACACAGGGGACACAGCUAGGGCACCUGAUUCUGGUGACCAGGGGAGACAGCACUGCUGCCCCCAUAGGACGCCUCCUACAUAAGGCUGCUACCUUCCAGACCUGCCGCAGCUGACCUCAUACAGAGACAAAAUGAGAGGAGUAUGUUCCAAACAAAAGAACCAGAGAUAAGCCAUCUACCUAAUAAAAGGGUUCAGAGUAACAGUCAUAAAGAUGUUCACUGGACUUGAAUUCAUUUUUACAUUUAUUUAUUUUUGAGAGCUAGAAUGUGAGCAGGGGAAGGGCAGAGACGGAGACAGAAAUCUGAAGCAGGCUCCAGGCUGUGAGCUGUAAGCACAGAGCACGAUAUGGGGCUCGAACCCACAAACCAUGAGAUCAUGACCUGAGCCAAAGUGGGACGCUGAACUGACUGAGCCACCCAGGUGCCCCUACUGGACUUGAGUUCAGGGAGUACUUCAACAAAGGGAAGAUAAAAAAAAACAAUCAGACCUGAAGAAUACAAUAACAAAUGAAAUUAGAAUUAGAAUUACAGAAUUAGAAAUACAGAAUUAGAAGAUACAGAAAAAUGAAUCUGGAGCACAGGGUAUUAGAAAUCAAGCUGAACAGCAAAAAAAAAAAAUUUUCAAUUUGAGAGAGUAUGAGCAGCAGAGGGGCAGAAGGAGAGGGAGACAGAGAAUCCUAAGCAGGCUCCACACUGUCAGCACAGAGCCCCAUGUGGGGCUUAAACUCACAAACUGUGAGAUCCUAACCUGAGCCGAAGAGUCAGAUGCUUAACCAACUGAGCCACCCAGGUGCCCCCCAAAAAAUCUUCUUUAAAUGACAGAUUAAAGGACCUCUGGGACAACAUCAAGCAUACAAUAUUUGCAUUACAAGCAUCCUAGGACAGGAGAGAAGAGAAAAAGGGACAGAAAACUUAUCUGAAGAAUAGGUGAUAACUUUGACAAACUAGGGAAGGAAAAAGACAUUCAGGACCAGGAAGCACAGAGAGGCCUAAACAAGAUGAAUCCAAAGAGAUCCACACUAAGACACAUACAGAUGGCUCCUGUACAACACAAAUCUACUUAUAUGUAUAUUUUUAUUCUUUAUAAUACAGUACUAUAUUUUCUGAUUUUAUUAAUUUUUUCUCUAGCUUUACUGUAAGAAUACAGUGUGUAAUAUAUGUAACAUAGAAAAUGUGUUCAUCAGCUCCUUGUUGUCAGUAAGGCAUCUGGUCAACAGUAGGCUAUUAGUAGUUCAGUUUUGGGGGAGUCAAAAGUUACAUGCAGAUUUUCAACUGCACAGGGAAUUGGUGCCCUUAACCCCUGCAUUGUUCAAGGGUCAACUGUAAUUACAAUGUCAAAAAUUAAAGAAAACCAGGGCAUAGAGUUGAUUAGGCAUCCAACUCUUGAUUUCAGUUCAGGCCAUGAUCUCACAGUUUGUGGAUUCGAGCCCCAUGUCAGGCUCCGUGCUGACAGUGUGGAGACUGCUUGGGAUUAUUUACUCUCUCUGCCCCUCCCCCACUUGCCCUCCCUAUCUCAAAAAUGAAGAAAUAUUAAAAAAACAAAAAAAAAACCCUUAAAAGCUGCAAGAGAAAAGCAACUAAUAACAUACAAAGGAAACCCGCACAAUGCUAUCAACUGAGUUUUCAGCAGAAACUGUGGGCUAGAAAAGAAUGGCAUGAUCUAUUUACAGUACUGAAAGUAAAAAACCUACAGCUGAGAAUACCUAUCAAGACUAUCAUUCAGAAUAAAAGAGACAUAAAGAGUUUCCUAAACAAAACUUAGAGCUGAUCACCACUAAAUCAGCCUUAAAAGAUUAUGUUAAAGGGACUUGUUUAAAAGGACAUAACUAGGGGCGCCUGAGUGGCUCUGUGUCGGUUAGGCAACUGACUUCAGCUCAGGUCACGAUCUCUCAGUCUGAGUUCGAGCCCCAAGUCAGACUCUGUGCUGACAGCUGGGAGCCUGGAGCCUCCUUCGGAUUCUGUGUCUCCCUCUCUCUGCCCCUCCCCUGCUUAUGCUCUGUUUCCCUCUCAAUAACAAACGUUAAAAAAAAAUUUUUUUUUUAAAUAAAAGGACAUAACUAGAAGAAAAUAAGAAAAUAUUUCCCUGGUCAAAGUAAACACACAGUAAAGAUAGAAAAUCAAUCACUUAUAGGGUUAAAAGACAAAAGUAGUAAAAUCUAUUAUAUCUAUAAUUAUUAGUUAAGGGAUACACAAAAUAAAAAGAUGUAAAAUAUGAAACCAAAUAUAUCAAAUGUGGAAGGGGAAGGCAGUAAAAAUGUAAUGUUUUAGAAUGUGUUCAAACUUAAGUGACCAAACACUUAAAAUAGAGUACUAUAAUACAUUGUUAUGUAAGAACCUCAUGAUACUCACCAUAAAUCUGUAACAGACACACAAAAAAUACAAAGGAAUCCAAGCAUAAUACUAAAAAUUAUCAAACACAAGAGAGCAAGAGAACAGAAAAGGAACAACCAGAAAACAAUUAAAAAGGCAGUAAGUACAUCUGACCUUAAACAACAUGGGUUUGAACUGUUCAUGGUUUUCAAUAAACACAAUACUGUAAAUAUUUUCUGUUCCUUAUGAUCUUAAUAUUUUCUUUUCCCAAACUUAAAGAAUACAGUAUGUAAUACAUAUACAAAAUAUGUGUUAAUCAACUGUUUAUGUUCCCUAGCAAGGCUUCUGGUCAACAGUCAGCUAUUAAAUUUGGGGGCAGUUGUAUGUGGAUUUUCAACUGCAUGGGUGUCAGCAACAGCAUGUCAGAACAGGCCCUUGUUCAAGGGCAAAUGUAGGUACUUACCAGUAAUUAAUUUUUUUUUUUUAAUGUUUCUUUUUGAGAGUGAGUUGGGGAGGGGCAGAAAGAGAGGGGAAGACACACAAUCUGAAGCAGGCUCCAGGCUGUUGGCAGAGCCUGACGUGGGGCUCAAACCCAUGAACCAUGAGAUCAUGACCUGAGUCGAAGUCUGCUAGUAGCUCAACCCACUGAGCCACCCAGGCACCCCACUGUAAUUACUUUAAAUUUAAGUGGACUAGGGGUGCCUGGGUGGCUCAGUUGGCUGAGUGUCUGACUCUUGAUUUCAGUUCAGUCAUGAUCCCAGGGUUGUGGGAUUGAGCCCUAUGUCAGGCUCUGCAUUGAGCAUGGAGCCUAAGAUUCUCACUCUCUCUAGCUCUCUUUCUCUCUCUCCCUAAAAAAUAAAAAAAUGUCAAUGGACUAAAUGCUCCAAUCAAAAGACAUAGGGUAACUGAAAUAAUGAUUAAAAAAAAAAAAAAGAUCCCUCCGUAUGAUGCCAAGAGACUCACUUCAGGCCACAA